AUGAACUGGGUUAGCCGGAAGAUCCACCUCUACAACGUGACCAUGGGCCUGUAUAUGCUCGAUUGGUGGGAGCGGUACCUCUUCAGUAUCCUCUGCAAGUAUUUUCAAUUAUCGAUCCCCUUGGGGAUUUUGUAGCUCUCCUGCCAUCAACACCGCCUCGUGUUCCCAUGUUUGUCUCGCUUUCAUGUCGUGUUCUGCCCGAUCAAAGUUUAGCUCGGUUCCAUCGAUGAUCCGACUCUUCAUCUCGGGCGCCUCGGUUUCUCGUUUUUUUCUUGUUUUUCCAUCUUCACGUCGGGCUCCUUAGCUUGGACUUCCGUAGAUAUAUUGAUGGCCGUAUUGCUCUGGUUCAUCUGCUACAACACAUGGCACUCUGCGGCGGAGUUCAUCAACGGGUAAUGCUCGACAUAUCUGCUGCUCUUUUCUUUCUGUGAAUUCAUGACGGUGGAUGAUGAAUGCCUGCGAGUGGGGUUCAUCACCAUUCCUGGUUCAGACGAGGGCGGGAAACUUUCCCAUCGAAACGCCUCUGUGAGAUGUGUCCAAUAGGAAUCGUUGGGCUCGUGGGGCACUUUUUGGGACAAAUUACUGGGUAAUUUAAACGGUUUGAUGGCCAUCUAUUACUUAUCUUCCAUUAAAAGCCUGCUUUUAUGAGAUAAUCAUGCGACUAUUAAUGAUCUGUGCUGUAAAAAUCCUGCUUUUUUAGAGAUACUCGGUGAGGACUGCUCCACCUUCACCCGGCACCUAGGGCAAUCUGAUGUGAAGGGAUAUGAAGUGACCCUAGACAAGAGCCCCUUCAGAACUGUCAGUAUCGGGGAAUUGGUGAGGAUCAAGGUGAGAACAGUGAAUUAUAUUUGUGGUGCUGAGGGACAAGACAUAAUGUAAGGUCGUUUGCCAAGCUUUCGUUUUGGUAGUGAGUUGGCUGAGAGAGAGAGAGAGAGAGAGAGAGAGAGAGAGAGAGAAAUUUCCUUCGUCUCGUAGAGGACUUGGGUUGUUUUAGUCAUUGUGGAUUUUGUGAAUCUCUGGAGAGGAUGCAUAUAUCGAUUGGCUAAGUUCUUCGUCUCAAGAGAUUUGAUAAAAAGGAUGUGAUCAUUGGUGCCGUAAUUAGGAGACUAAGAUCCUAUUUAUUGGUCCAGAAUCAAGCCCAUGGACUUAUGUCUUUGACCAUGGAUUUCAAUAUAUUACUUCCACCUCUCCGACAGUUAAACGUGGAGAUCUUCUUCUUUGUGCGGUUUUUUCCCCGGUAAGGAGAAUUAGUCAAGGAUAGAACAAGAAAGGGAAGCAUACGUAUGCUUACUCUUCUUACCCAUGGUGGUAUUUUAAGAAAUCGAGAGGUGUGA